GAGUCUCCGAGCGAAGCAGAGCGACAGGCCCAGCUCCAAGAUGUCCCACAGCAGCGCCACAGCAGCUCACAGCCCCCUGCCCCUCUCCAGGCCUUCGAUUCUGGAGCGGUGCAUCCUGAAAGUGACGACCAGCAGCGUCUGCGUCGGGACGGACGACCUGGACAAGAGUUUCUGUCUGAGCCCGGGCUCGUGCGUCUGCGCUAAAGGCUGGUCGUCUGCGGUUUGGAACGGACUCUCCUGUGGCCCCGCCCCCAACCUCCACGGCCCCGCCCCCGAGCCCUGGCUCCUCCCCGGCUGCUCCACGGUCUACGACCUCCUGGUCAGUAACGUGUCUCCAGUCCCGUCGUCUCCGGCCGGUGGGCUGCGUCCCGAGCGCUCCAACAAACCACGACGGCCUUCGAUUCUGGAGCGGUGCAUCCUGAAAGUGACGACCAGCAGCGUCUGCGUCGGGACGGACGACCUGGACAAGAGGCCUCCAGGAGGGCGCUGCUCCGCUCGUCUGCCCGACCCGGCGAACGUCGAAAUCAACGCCGCGGUUCUGAAACGACGACAAAAACAAAUCCAGUACGGCAAAAACACAACGGGAUACCAGAACUACCUGCAGCAAGUGCCCAGACACCUCCGGGACCCGAAGCUCCACCCCUCGACCCCGAACAAACACAGGAAGUUCAGCCGCAGGUCGUGGGACAUGCAGGUGCGGCUGUGGAGGCGGGCCCUGCACCUGUGGGACCCGCCCACCGAGCAACACCUGAGGGAGGGGCCGGCGAGGGAGCAGGACCCCGUGGAGCAGCUGCAGAGGCAGCUGGCACGGAUGACCUCUGACCUCUGCGGAGACGGGCAGAGAGAGGAUGAGACUGACGCUUCGCCGCACAGCUCCUCUGCCUGUGUCCCGGGCUCGCCGCUGGAGCGCCGCCCGCCCCCCUGCUCUCCACCUGGCCUUGGCUCCUCCCUCCUGAGUCAGCUGACCUCCGGUGAUCACAUGACCGACUGGCUGCAGGUCCUGCUCGAGGCCAACCGCGCCCGAGAGCUGGACUCGGACGACCAGCAGGUGCCAGUGGCGUCCGACUCUCUGUGGACCCCGUAUUAA